UCACACUUUCUUUUCUUUUCUUUGAGUUAAACAAAGCAUUAACAGUAACACUUUCCACAAAAUCUGCAUUGCAUUGAUGAAGCAAUAUCAAUCAUUCAUGAGUUGGUUGUUUCUCUGUAUGCAUCUUUUGCUCUUCCAUUUUCCAUCCUUUUCAAUCUCUUCUUCUUCUUCUUCUUCUUCUUCUUCUUCUUCUUCUUCUUCUUUCGAUUUCUCAUGUCAUCAUGAUGAGAGCUCUGCUUUGCUUCAGUUCAAGUCCUCCUUCACUUUAUCUACUGAACGUGAACCUUAUCAUCUGAAAACAGCAACAUGGAAAAAGGGCACUGAUUGUUGCUCUUGGCAUGGUGUGACAUGUGACACCAUCUCUGGUCACGUCAUUGGUCUCAACCUUGGCUGUGAAGGCAUUGAAGGUACAUUACACCCUAAUAGUACCCUUUUCCAUCUUCCUCACCUCCAAUCACUUAACCUUUCUUAUAUUGAUUUCUAUCCUUCUACUCCUUUUCAUUUUAAGUUUGGUAGGUUUCUCAGUCUUAAACAUCUAGACUUGUCUAAAUGUAACUUUAAAGGUGAAGUUCCUAUUCAAAUCUCACAUCUUUCCAAAUUAGAAUCACUUCAUCUCUCUGUAAAUGAAGAAUUAGUUUGGAAAGAGACUACCUUGAAGAGGCUUGUACAAAAUGCAACAAAUUUAAGAGACCUUUUUUUGGAUCAAACAAACAUGUCUUCAAUAAGACCAAACUCCAUGGUAUUUCUCUUCAAUCAAUCUUCCUCUUUGAUUACUCUUAAUCUUCGGCAAACGGGAUUAAGUGGAAAAUUGAAAAAGAGUAUUUUUUGUUUACCAAAUAUUCAAGAGCUACAUAUGUCAGAUAAUUUCAACCUUGAAGGCCAACUUCCAGAAUUGAGUUGCAGCACUUCUCUCAGAAUCUUGGAUCUCUCAAAUUGUCAAUUCAAAAAAGGGCCAAUUCCUCUGUCUUUUUCUAACUUCACACACCUUACUUCGCUACUUAUUUCAAACAAUAAUCUUAACGGUUCAAUCCCAUCCUCACUUUUAACUCUCCCACAUCUAACUUAUUUGGAUGCCUCUUACAAUGCUCUUAGUGGUCAAAUCCCAAAUGUAUUUCCUCAGUCAAAUAGAUUUCAAGAAUUAGACUUGAGUGACAACAAAAUUGGCGGUCUGCUGCCAACGUCUCUUUCAAACCUUCAACAACUUAUUUUCUUCAGCCUUUCAAACAAUUCAUUUCGCGGUAAAAUCCCAAAUGUGUUUAGUGGGAUGACCAAACUGAAAGAAGUCUAUCUAGCUGAUAACAAUUUACAAGGACAAAUUCCAUCUUCAUUAUUUAACUUGACUCAACUAAUUGAAUUAGAUUUCUCUAAUAAUAAAUUAGAGGGUUCCUUACCCAACAAAAUUACAGGUUUCCAAAACCUAACUUAUUUGAGAUUAAAUGACAACUUACUAAAUGGAACAAUUCCUUUGUGGUGUUUAUCCUUGCCAUCUUUGAUAAAAGUAGAUCUAUCAAACAAUCGACUUACAUGGCAUGUCGAUGAUGCAUUCUCAUCAAAUUCCUUAGAGGCACUGUAUCUAAAUAACAACAUGUUACAAGGUGAGAUUCCAAAGUCCAUUUUCAGCCUUGCAAGCCUACGAAACUUGCAGCUAGAUUCAAACAACUUGAGUGGUCUUUUCAAUAUUCAAAUCUUCUCCAAACUUCAAAAUUUGGUGUCUCUGUCCCUUUCACAAAAUAGUCAAUUGUCACUAAACUUUGAAUCUAAUGUCUCUUACAGUUUUAAUCAGCUAUAUUCAUUAGAAUUAGCUUCUGUCAAUCUGAUCAAAUUCCACAAAUUACAAGGAAAUUUCACAAAUUUGUAUAAUCUUGAUCUUUCUAAUAACAAACUUAAUGGAAUGCCCAAAUGCUUAAUUGAAACAGGUCACUUGCAAUUUUUUAACCUCUCUCAAAAUUUGUUCACGUCAACAGAUCAAUUGAUUGAAAUGGCAGUGAAUAAUGAAGAUCUCUCUGGUAUCGAUCUUAGUUUUAAUUCACUGAAUGGUGACAUCCCUUUGGAAGUUUGCAAUAUAACUUCUGAACUUGAAUUUCUGAACUUGGGACACAACAAUUUUAGUGGUAUCAUUCCACAAUGUUUUUCAAAUUUUCAAUCCCUUAAAUUUUUGAAUCUACAGAUGAACAAAUUUCAUGGCACUUUGCCAAGUAACUUUUCAGAUAACCUUGACACUCUAAAUCUUAAUGGAAACUUAUUAGAAGGCCUUUUGCCUAAAUCUUUGUCCCAUUGCAAAAGCCUCAAAGUUUUAAAUCUUGGAAGCAACAGAUUAGAAGACAAAUUUCCCGACUGGCUUCAAACUCUACAAGAUUUGAAAGUACUGGUUUUGAGAGACAACAGGUUCCAUGGUCCCAUUGCCAAUUUAAAGAUGAAGCAUCUAUUUCCAAGUUUAGUCAUUUUUGAUAUCUCGGGCAACAAUUUUAGUGGUUUUCUACCUAAAGCUUAUUUAAAAAAUUAUGAAGCCAUGAAGAAUGUUACUCAAGUGGGUGGGGAUAGCAGUUUGAUAUACAUGGAUGUCUGGUGUGAUAAGCCAUACCGAGGACCAAAAUGCACGAAUUCUGUGACUGUGACGACAAAAGGGAUCAAAAUGACACUGGUGAGAAUUCCAAAAUUCUUUGUAAGUAUUGAUUUCUCCAGAAACAAAUUUGAAGGAGAGAUUCCAAAGUCUAUUGGAGAGCUUCAUGCACUCAAAGGUCUUAACCUUUCCCAUAAUAGACUUGUCGGUCAUAUUCCCCAAUCCAUGGGAAACUUGACAAACUUGGAAUCUUUGGAUCUUUCAUCGAAUAUGUUAGCCGGUGUGAUUCCUGCAGCAUUAGCCAAUUUGGGCUUUCUUGAAGUAUUGAAUCUUUCAAAUAACCAUCUUGUGGGAGAAAUACCUCAAGGAACACAAUUCAAUACAUUUACAAAUGAUUCAUAUGAAGGAAACUUGGGGCUAUGUGGAUUUCCAUUGUCAAAGAAAUGUGGACCUGAACCUCAUUCUCCACCUCCACCUCCAGCCAACAACUUUAGGAGUGAAGAGAAAUUUGGAUUUGGAUGGAAACCAGUGGCAAUUGGAUAUGGAUGUGGAUUUGUGAUUGGAAUAGGCAUUGGAUAUUUUGUGUUUUUGAUUGGAAAGCCAAGAUGGCUUGUGAUGCUAUUUGGUGGUCAGCCUAAGAGAAGAGUGAACAGGAGUAGGAUUAGAGUGAGGAGAACCAAUGGUUCUACUCAGAUGGUGCAAAUGUCAUAGUUUCAUUUUUGUGGUUUGAUUUUGGGUUGUAAGUUUGUAAUCUGAAUGAAUAUAUUGUGUGUUUUUAUCCAUAUGUAAUUUAGCUAGAAUUCAUAAGUUUUAUCCCAUUUAAUCAUCUCUUUACAAUGAGCUCCGAAACAUCGGAAGGAGCCAAGCAUCAACAACAAAGAUAUUGCAGUUCAGUUCAUGCAGUGUUGGUUUCUACUUUAUACCGAAUGGCUAAGAUUGUUGUUUAGUUAAUUAACCAUUGUCAAGCCAA